AUGAAGCUACCGAAUACUAUAAGAUUUACCAUAGAGCUACCCAAGAUCCAAAAACUGGAGUCUCCGGACCAAUGGCUAGACUGGUUCGCUGCCGUGUGCAGCAUCGCCCAAGGCCUUGAGAUUUGGCACACUAUGGAUCCCAUAGAAAAGGAUCAGGACAAUUAUAAAGCAGUGCCCCCCAAGGUCGAAAGCUAUAACGCUUUGAGAACCCGAAUUCUCAAAGAAGCCCGCGAUGAAGAGCGUACUGCUCCUUCGGAGGAUGCUAUCAUCAUGCUGCAUAGCUCACUGUGUAAAGAGGCCGAAAUCGAGAUAGAGCUCUGCCGGGAGAGAUCCCAGAAGGAACAUGCCAUACGAAACCUUAUCAUGACAACAGUCUCUCUUGACAUCUACAAAGACGCGAUGCAUAAGGCCACCAAGUAUGACUAUGACUCCGAGGGCAGACGUACCAAGAAAAAGCUAAAGCAGACUCUGCGCCAGCUCCUGAAGGUACUGCAGGAGGUAAUGAUCGUGCCAGAAAAAGAAACAAAGAUGAACAUCAUGAAAGAAUACCACGAAUUGUAUGAUGAAGUUGGGCGCGACGGCCUCAGCUAUAAUCAAUUCUGUCUUAAAUGGGCCAACGUUAUGAGAAAGGUCCUUGACUGUAUGGCUCGUUUUGUUACAUCAUACGGUGACGACGAAGAGACUAUCAGGGAGGUGAGGCUCCUGGAAUACUGGGUGUUGCUGUCGCAUGGGUCUUCGAUAUAUAGUGACAGCACCGACUGGAAAGACACUGCUGUGUGUCUUUUGGAUAAUGGGAUAAUGUACCUUGAUCCUGUUAUGGCUCGAGUGGGUUUCAACACAUUAACUCAUGAUGAUGUGCGCUGGCGCAGGGAUGCUUCGGGGCUUUUUCUAUGUCCUUGCUUCAAGAAGAAACAUGCUUGGACGCCAGAGAAUUGCGGGAAUGUAAGAUGGGCUAUCACUGGGCGUCCAGUUAAAGGCAUCAAGAAACCAUCGGCUGGACAAGUCCAAGACAUGAGGGAGGCUAUACAAAAUCCUAAGUGGGGAGCAAUUCGAAGAUGGUAUGAGAAGCAAGGCCAUGAUUUUGAUCCGUAUUAG